AUGAGCACCAAUGGCAGCGCGACCGGGUCCGCUUCAUCAGCAGAACCACGGCCGGGACGCUUCCUCAGUAAGGGCCUACGCCGUGCAACUUGGAUCUCUCCACGGACAGGUGAACGAUCGAAGCGUGUGUUCACCCUGCGCGAAGCAUCCCACAGAUCGAAUGGCCAUGCCGACGACUCAGAGACAACGCCUCUCUUGGGCGGCAGCAGCAAUGCCAGCGAUGGCUCGUCGAAGUCUGCGCGAGCCGUCGCUUAUCUGCACAAGCAAUGGAGCGCAUCGUUCGAAUUCCUAAACUCGAAAACUGGGCGUGGUAUCUUCAAAUGCUCGCUUGCCUACCUGUUGGGCAGCCUGGUUACGUUUGUCCCCCAACUAGCAGCAAUAAUCGGCAGCGGCCAGGACAGCAAGCACAUGGUUGCGACGGUCACAGUUUGGUUUCAUCCUGCUCGGACGGUGGGAUCGAUGCAUCUAGCCACCAUUCUGGCUCUCCUUGGCUUUCUCUAUUCAGGUGUGGUUGGAUUCACGAGCAUGGCCGUUUCGAUGUUCUUCGGCUCGCAGGAUCUGCUUGUGGUCGGUCAUGCGUUGGUGCUCGUCAUCUGGAUCGGUGCUGGCCUGGGAUUCGUGGCGUGGACUAAGCAACACUUCGGCGACCCCAUUGUCAAUGUGGCCUGCUCGCUUGCUUCUCUUGGUUGCAUCACCGUAUUGAUCAAAGAAGGCGCAGUCCAAGCUGGCGAGUUCUCUGAUGAUCGGGUCGUGCAGGUGCUGCUCAUGGUGCUGAUGGGCAUCAUUGUAACGACAGCCGUCAAUACCUUAGUCCUUCCAGUAACGGCUCGAUCCCAGCUACGAGACGAUCUGGAGAAGAAUACCGAUCUCCUUGGCGAGCUUCUCAUCGCAAUCACUCGCGCUUUCUUAUCUGGCCGGGAGCACGAUCUUCAGGAUAGCUUUUUCGAGGAUCUACAAAAGGAGCAUCAGCAGUCUUUACAAAAGAUGAGUAAAGAUCUCGGCGAAACCAAGAACGAGUUCCGGGUGCUAGGCAGGGAGCAGCUGUUUGAGGUCUCAACGAGGCUCGUCCAUUGUCUGGAAGGUCUUAGCCAGGACCUCGGAGGAUUGAGAAGCGCGGCACUUGCGCAGUUUGCAUUUCUACACCCAUCAGAGGGCCAUGGCAGCACAAUGUCUUCACCAGGGGAGCAGCGAGCAGCUUGGAUCUCGAACGCGACGAACGGUAUCGAUCGAAACCACAUGCCCAAUAUCCUCGACGUUAUUGCAGAGGCGCCUGAAGAGAAUAGUCCGCCAGUGAACGGUAUCAACAACUCGGAACGACGUGAAAGCAUAGCGUCAAUCGCUUCGAACAUCAAAGGUCCUGACGACAUGUUCUUCACGUUCAUCACUCAACUUGGCCCUCCGACGAAGUCACUUGUGUACACUCUGAAACAGAUCUUGGACGAGCUGCCCUUCACAGCUACGGAAGAAUCAAGCGGUUUCUUGGGCAUGUUCCGACCGAAAUUUGCUGUUGCGGUCAACGACAACUUCCACUCCAGCUUGAACGACGCAAUCGCGCUUUACGGGUCGUCCAGACGGGAAGCGUUGAAUGUCCUGUACGCCAGUAGGGCUCUUAAUGCGGCGUUCAUGCCACAGAGCAACAAAAAGGCGAACGGUGCCGCUGGUGGUGGACAGCACAGUGCUGCCGCAGUGACCUCCUCUCCAUUUGCCAAAAGCGGGUAUGUUCAGCCGCCAGAAGAGCUUAUAGCGGACAUGGAAGAGGUCAGCGCGGUUUGCGGCAACUUCUCCUUCUCUCUUCUGGACUUCGCCGAGGAUGUUCUCACCUACCUCUCCAUCCUGGACGAACUGAAAGGCGCACUGGAACACCCCUCGCCGAGCUGGCAUUGGCUGAGAUUCUGGAAGCUCUCGUGGAAGCACGACGAACGGAAGACAUUCGCUCUAGGCUCGGACUCUGAGCACGGUCUUGAGCAUGGCGUCAACCACAAUAUCCCGGAGCCGAUUCGGAAAGCGGACGAGUUCGUUGAUCCGGAGAAACCUCAAGCUGAGCAGCCAUGGACUUGGUGGGCCUAUCGCAAGCUCCGGGUGUUUAGAAGAGAUGAUAUCCGAUUUGCGAUCAAGGUGGGAAUUGGGGCCAUGCUCUACUCCUUGCCAGCAUUUCUGCGCUCAACGAGGGCGACCUUUGUUUACUGGCGAGGAGAGUGGGGGUUGGUGUCGUACAUGGCUGUGUGCUGCAUGACGAUCGGUGCGGCGAACACAACUGGUAUGAGACGAUUCAUUGGUACAUUCAUCGGCGCCUGUCUGGCCAUCGUAGCGUGGGUCAUCAGCUCAAGCCACGGCGAAGCCAAUCCUUACCUCCUCGCCUUCUUCGGCUGGAUUGUGAGUACAGGUUGCUUCUACCUCAUUCUCGGGCGAGGCGAAGGACCACUCGGGCGUUUCAUACUGCUGACAUACAACCUCGGCGCUCUGUACGCCUACAGUUUGAGCGUGCAUGACGACGACCACGACGAUGACGAAGGUGGGAUCGAUCCGGCCAUUUUCGACAUUGUGCUGCACCGUAUGGUUGCUGUCAUUGUCGGGACCAUUUGGGCUAUCGUCGUCUGCCGGGUGAUCUGGCCUAUUUCGGCUCGGCAGAAAUUGAAGGAUGGUCCUUGCAUUCUCUGGCUACGUAUGGCGCUUGUCUGGAAAAGGGAUCCGCUUGCCUUGCUCCUCCUCGGUGAGCCCAGAAGCAGCUACAUGGACAUUCGCGAAGAAGCAGAACUGCACUCUUUCCUUAGCUACCUCGACAGCAUCCGUGGUGCCGCCUCUUCGGAAUUCCAGCUGCGAGGACCUUUUAGAGACAAGCCUGUGUCACGCAUCAUCGAACGUACGCGAAGAAUGCUCGAUGCUUUCCAUACCAUGAACGUCGUCAUUUCGAAGAAUCUGCAAUGGACGCCCGGCGAAGCAGCUGUUCUGCGAUACACCAGAGAGCAGCGUUUCGCUCUCAGUGCGCGGAUCUCGCAUUUGUUCUCCGUGCUGGCGAGUUCGUAUAAGCUGGAGUUCCCGCUUGGUGGAGCGCUGCCGAGUAUUGAGAAUAGCAGAGAUAGGUUGCUGGCGCGCAUCAGCGAGUUCAGGCGGAAUGGCGAAGGGAGAGAGACCGCGACAGAGCAGGACUAUGAGUUGUUGUAUGCGUAUGUGCUCGUCACGGGACAGUUGGCGAGAGACAUCGAGGCGGUUGAGGAGGAGAUUGAAGGCCUCUUUGGGAGGUUGAAUGAGGAGAAUCUGAAGUUGCAAUGA